AUGCCCUUCAUCAUCAUCAACACCACCACCACCACCACAAACACACCCACACCGUCUAUCACUCUCACGUCCCCACCCAAGCGGCUAAUCACACUUCUCGUACCCCGUUCCCGCAUACACGUCACCGUUCUCGCUACCCUGCUCCUGCCAGACACAAUCUACCUAAGCGAACGGAACCCCACAAGUUCGUUGCACGGCUUUCAUCGAACGGGAAUCUGGAAUCUGCAUGCAUGCACAUGCACGCACGCACACGCACGCACGCACGCAUAUGCAUAUGCAUGGCCCCCAAUCUCGUUCGGGAUCAGAGGCCGCUGCACUGUAUACGCAUAUCGGUCUAGACAUGUGUAUGUCCAGAUUAUUGAAAUUCUCGUGCUGGAGAUGCGCGAUGCAGUCGGGGGGUUUUUCCGUGGUGAAGCUUGGGCGGUUGGGGAAGGUGGAUAG